GAUAAGGUGCUCUUUGUCACAUAACCAAAACACCAAAAAUUAUAACUCAAACGAAAUCUCCUCUAAUCAAUUUACUCAAAACCAAAAACAAAAUGGCUCAAGCAGUGACUUCGAUGGCAGGGUUACGUGGCGCAUCUCAGGCCGUUCUUGAAGGAAGUCUCCAGAUCAACAGCUCAAACCGUCUGAACAUCUCCAGAGUCACUGUUGGGUCUCAGAGAACCGGACUUGUGAUCAGGGCUCAGCAGAACGAAUCUGUACCGGAAAGUAGUCGCCGGUCAGUGAUUGGACUCGUGGCGGCUGGUUUAGCCGGUGGUUCGUUCGUUAAGUCUGCUUUCGCCGAAGCUCUUUCGAUUAAAGUUGGUCCUCCUCCACCUCUUUCCGGUGGUCUCCCUGGAACCGAUAACUCAGACCAAGCAAGAGAUUUUUCAUUGGCGUUGAAAAACAGAUUUUACUUGCAGCCAUUGCCACCAACUGAAGCUGCAGCUAGGGCCAAAGAAUCUGCUAAAGAGAUCAUUAACGUUAAGUCAUUGAUCGACAAAAAAGCUUGGCCUUACGUUCAAAACGAUCUCCGUUUAAGAGCAUCGUACCUCCGUUAUGAUCUUAACACCGUUAUCUCCGCUAAGCCUAAGGAAGAGAAACAGAGCCUCAAAGAACUCACCGGCAAGCUCUUCCAAACCAUCGACAAUCUGGACUAUGCGGCAAGGUCAAAGAGUAGCUCGGAUGCUGAGAAGUAUUACUCAGAGACUGUCUCGAAAGAGAAAAACCCUAAUUCAACGGAGAUACUACUUCCCGAUCUAGUGGAAGAAAUCAUCUUUCGACUGCCCUUGAACUCAAUCCUCAAAUGCAGAAGCCUCUCAAAGGAAUGGAAAUCAAUUCUGGAAUCAAGAAGGUUCGUGGAGAAGCACAAGAGUCUUCAAAAGAAUCGGAAAAUCCUCGCUGCUUUCCACUGCGACUGUGGUAAGCGGCCGAGACUCCUCCCUGGGUCACAGUUCGAAGGAGACGAAGAGAUUGUGUAUCUUCACUGUGACGUUACACGACCGUCGAUGACUUGUGACGGUUUGGUUUGCUUCCUUGAGCAAGAUUGGAUCAUCGUUUUAAACCCAUCGACCGGACAACUCCGGAGAUUAUCUUCCGGGCUAAACCCUAACCAUGAGUGUACAUUUGGGUUCGGAUUAUGGUCGAGUUUCUUUCCGGAUAAAUGGGUCAUGGGAUUCGGUAGAGACAAAGUCAUAGGGAGGUUUAAAGUAGUGAGGAUGUGUUUUUCUUACAGGGGGGACAUUGGUCAAAAGGAUCCUGUGGUGGAAUGUAGGGUUCUUGAUGUUCAAACUGGUGAAUGGAGGAAACUAAGAGGACGACCUCCUUAUGUGGUCAAUGCGAGUAGUAAAUCGGUAUAUUUGAAUGGAUCUAUCUACUGGUUGCACAUUAAUAGGGCACAUGUUGACAAACGUUUCAAGAUACUAGCAUUGGAUCUUCACUCACAAGAGUUCCACAAUGUCUCGAUUCCGGCUAUAUGGGUCACGUGGGAUACGCAGAUAGUGAACCUCGAGGACCGUCUAGCCAUAGCCAGAACGAAAAUUGGGCCGAGGCGGUCUACUUGGAGACUAGAGAUAUGGAGCAUGGAUACACGUCAAGAACAAUGGAGCAACACUUACUCCAUAAGUUUAGCCAGUCUAAGUUUUAAAUCAUGGGAGCGGAAUUGGUUCACGCUCGUGGCGGUUUCUAAGCAAGGAAACCUUGUCUUGAAUGACAAUCACAAGCGGCUGUUCAAAUAUUAUCCAGUGACAAAUAAGAUUAUUUGUCUCUCCGAAGACACUUGUGGUAUAACUACUUACUUUGAAACUUUGGUCCCUCUUCCUAUAAAACCAAGCCAUCCGCUUCCUGAUCCGGUAAAGUCUGAUUCUAAAAUCUGUCGCUUGUUGUCCAAGGAGCCAGGAUCUUGGAUACUUAAAGUUUUGCAAAGGAAUGACUUUAGGAUCCUUGAAAUUUUAUUUGCAACUCUAGUAGUAGCUGGUUACAUUGUGUCACCUCUU